AUGCCGGCGACCUCCGCAGGGGGCCGCCUCGAGGCGGAGCUCCAGCGCAUCACGGCCAAGGCGAUCCGGGACGCCUGCAGCGCGAGCGAGGACGAGCACUCCGAGGAGGUGCUGCAGCUGCUGUUCGAGACGCCGACGCCGCUCCACUUCCACGCCGUCGACCAGCUGAUGCGGCUCCUCCAGGGGACCGGCGACGCCGAGAGGAGCGACCUCGAGAGGAUCGUCGUCAACGAGCCCGUGUGGUCGCGGCUCCUGGCCAAGCCGUGGUCCGAGGCCCGCGGGCUGCGGGACUGCCCGCUGGGGGCCACGCAGCGCGCCGGGCAGCAGGCGCUCAUCACGUCCGCACAGCAGCUGCAGAAGGGCACCAUCCCGCUGAGCGCGCUCCACACGAUCCUCGGCCACCAGCAGGCCUACGAGGCCCUGGCCUCCCGGGUCGCGAAGCUCCGGCCAGGCUGCAUCGCCGAGAGCGCCGCGAGGCUCCGCAAGUUCGACGAGGAGUUCGACCAGCUGCAGGUGUACGUGAAGCUGUUCUGCCCCUCCGCCGGCAUCGCGGCUGGCAAGCUGGACGAGCUCGCCGAGAGCGUGGGCUCCUCGUACGCCGCCCUGGAGCUGCAGGCCGCGGCCUCCAAGUUCGCGGGCCUGCCCGUGCGGCCCCACCUGCCGUGGCUGCACUCCCUCCGCGGCAGCGACGUGUUCGCCAGCAUAUGGAGGGAGGCGGCCAGGCGGAGCAGGCAGGAGGGCUCGGAGCUGGCGCAGGACGUGGUGGUGGGGGCCGUCAUUCCCGCUGCGAGGAGGGGCGUGGGAGCAGCUCGCGGGCAGCAUCGAGGCCGGGGAGGCGAAGCUGAAGCGCCUCAGGUGGAUCGUUGA